AUGGAAAAGUUCAUCUCAGACUCCUUGCUAAGCUCGAGCACCAGGUUCAUGGAUGUCCUUCGCCGCGUGUGUUCCAGGCUCGUUGACCGGCUAGAUCGUCACAUACACGAAGCUGGCCUAGAUCAGCAGAAUCUCGAGAUUCGCGCUCACUUUGCCAACAACGACAUCGACCCUCGGUCAACUGAUGAUGAUGCGACUGGACUUCUUGUCGGCGAGACGGCGAGCAUCUGCUCCAACAGCGAAUCUGUGUACUCCUGUAGCAAUUUGAAUCGUCUCCAUGGGACUAGUCGAUAUCGAAUUCCCGCCAGAAGUGUCAGGGAACAGGUGCGGGCCGCGCCAUCUCCCGGCGACCCAGGCGAUGCGCAAUACCCAAAGUAUCACGGCGGCUAUGAACAUUGGGAGCAUAUCUACAAGUUAAGAUCCAAGCCGCCGUGGGUCGAGUUUCCCAUCCUCACUCACCGCAACGGACGCAUCUGGACCCAGGGACAACCCCCAGGGCCCGUGAGGGCCGUCUACAACAAUGCGGACCGCUCGAAAUUUGAUGUGGUCUAUCACGACCGCAGCGCGGCUCGCCGAGGAGUCGACAACGGUUUUACCAAAGCCAUCUACCGGCCGGGGAGGCGGCCCCUGAAUAGUCCCAACCAGGAGAGGACCAAUGUACCGGACACCAGUUACCAUUGUACUCAUGUCCCGUCAGGCCUACAUGGGACCCCGGAGGUGUGCAGUCUUUCCUCAGGGACCGAGUCAAGGACAAAGGAGUGUGGUGACUCUGGCGAGCCCGACAGCGGUGGUAGUAGUGUGGUAUCCUGA